AGAUAUUUCAGGGAAACAGAUUCAUGCCCUCAAUAAUACAAUACUGGACUCGAGGCCGUUGUCACGUUCUGUUCUCUGUUCCCAAACUAGUAUUCACGUGGCAGGCAUGAAUAUCGCAAUGCUUGCUUCCAUGCUUCUCUAGAAAUAACAAGAACGCUUCGUGCAUCUCGAUACCUUCAACUUCUCACUCCCCAUGACAAAGCAAUCCAAUCUUACACAUCUUUGAUUUAACUAAUCUUCCAAGAAUCGAAUUAUUGAACUCUUUUUCUUCAUUCAAGAUGCUUCACCAACCAUUACUCUGCAGUUCAAGAAUCGCCACACAAUCCACACUCUUCGCUUCGGUUCUUUCUGGCGGCAAUAACGCCGCGCGUAAUUCAUUUGCCGGAAAUUCGCCCGUCCGUGACCUGAGAUUGAAGUUUAUCUCGCAAGCAUCGGGAAGCAAAUCGAACAGUGGACAUGGAGUUUUUAGCGAGGCAAGGGACUGUGCCAAGCAUAGGACAACUAAUGGUGGUGGUGGUGGUGCUCAAGAAGGAGUUCUUGAGCAAGAAGCCUCCAAAGUGAUAGAAAGCAGACCAUUGUGGAAAGUUUUCCCAGGUCAGGCAUAUCCAUUGGGUGUAUCAGAAGUUGACAGUGGCAUCAAUUUUGCUAUUUUUUCACAGCAUGCAACUGCUGUCACACUUUCUUUAGUCCUUCCUAGGAGGGGAAGCUUUGGCACAUUGGAUGGUGACUUGAUGGAACUGGCUUUGGAUCCUGAUUUGAACAAAACUGGGGACAUUUGGCACAUAUGUAUUGAGGAUCUUCCUCGAAUCAAUGUUCUGUACGGGUAUCGCAUAGAUGGACCUCAAGACUGGGGUAAGGGGCAUCGAUUUGACAGCAGCAUUGUGCUUGUUGAUCCUUAUGCCAAACUAAUUGAAGGUCGAAGAUAUUUUGGGGAUAUUAGCAUGAAGUUGUCUAAGUUUCUUGGAACAUAUGAUUUUCACAGUUUGCCUUUUGAUUGGGGAGAAAAUUACAAGCUUCCAAAUAUUCCUCAGAAAGAUCUUGUUAUAUAUGAGAUGAAUGUCCGUUCAUUUACAAUUGAUGAAUCUAGUGGUUUGGAAAGAAGCAUCCGUGGCAGCUAUCUUGGUGUGAUUGAAAAGAUCCCACACCUUCUAGAGCUUGGUAUCAAUGCAGUGGAAUUGCUACCUGUCUUUGAGUUUGAUGAGUUGGAAUUCCAGAGGCGUCCAAAUCCUAGAGAUCACAUGAUUAAUACAUGGGGUUAUUCAACAAUAAAUUUCUUUGCUCCUAUGAGUCGCUAUGCUAGUGCUGGUGGAGGAUCAGUUAAUGCUUCCCAAGAGUUCAAGCAAAUGGUUAAAGCCUUACAUUCUGCUGGUAUAGAGGUUAUUUUGGAUGUUGUCUACAAUCAUACUAAUGAGGCUGAUGAUGCCAAUCCUUACACUACUUCAUUUCGUGGCAUAGAUAAUAAGGUUUAUUACAUGCUGGACAAUAAUGGGCAAUUGCUGAACUACUCUGGCUGUGGCAAUACAUUGAAUUGUAACCAUCCUGUGGUCAUGGAGCUGAUCCUUGACAGUCUAAGACACUGGGUCACUGAAUAUCAUGUGGAUGGAUUUCGAUUUGAUCUUGCGAGUGUUCUGUGUAGAGGAAUUGAUGGUUCCCCCCUAAAUGCUCCCCCUCUUAUUAGGGCCAUUGCUAAAGAUGCAGUAUUAUCAAGAUGUAAAAUUAUUGCAGAGCCUUGGGACUGUGGAGGUCUCUAUCUUGUUGGAAGUUUUCCAAAUUGGGAUCGGUGGGCUGAAUGGAAUGCAAAAUAUCGUGAUGAUGUACGGAAAUUUAUUAAGGGAGAUUCUGGUAUGAAGGGGAGCUUUGCAACUCGUGUUUCUGGGUCUUCUGAUCUUUACAGAGUGAACAAGCGUAGGCCAUAUCAUAGUAUUAACUUUGUUGUUGCACAUGAUGGAUUCACCUUGCAUGAUCUUGUUUCAUACAAUUUCAAGCACAAUGAAGCCAACGGGGAAGGUGGAAAUGACGGAAGCAAUGAUAAUUUGAGUUGGAAUUGUGGUUUUGAAGGGGAAACUGAUGAUGCUAGUACAAGAGUUUUGCGGUCACGGCAAAUGAAAAACUUUCAUUUGGCAUUAAUGAUAUCUCAGGGUACACCGAUGAUGCUAAUGGGGGAUGAAUAUGGCCAUACUCGCUAUGGAAAUAACAAUAGUUAUGGGCAUGAUACGGCCAUUAAUAAUUUUUUGUGGGAUCAGUUGGAUGCACGGAAGAGUGAUCACUUCAGGUUUUUCUCCAAGUUGAUAAAGUACCGGCAUGCACAUCAAGUAUUCAGUCAUGAAAAUUUUGCCAGCAAGAACGACAUAACAUGGCAUGAAGAUAACUGGGACAAUUCUGACAGCAGAUUUAUUGCAUUCACGCUUCAUGACAAGAGUGAAGGAGAUAUCUAUUUGGCAUUCAAUGCUCAUGAUUACUUUGUCGAAGUUCUGCUGCCCAUACCUCCAAAGAAGAGGAAGUGGUUCCGUGUGGUGGACACUAAUCACAAAUCCCCAGAUGACUUUGUCCUUGAUGGUGUCCCUAGCACAAGAAACACGUACAAUAUAGCUCCAUACUCCUCCAUUCUCCUUGAGGCGAAGCUUUGAUUGCAGAAGCUGUCAUAUACCCGUACCACAGAUGUAAUGUUUGUUUAUUAUUUGGUUUUUCAACGAAGCUGGAGCCUGGAGGAAAUUGUGCUGCAAGGGUCUCCUUGGUUUAGUAUGGCCUGAGGUUAUAGCUUAGUUCAGCUACGGGUCAAGGGGAAACAAAAGCUGACGGGAAAAUCUGAAAUCAUGUGAUUUCUAGAAUGGAGCAUGGCAUAUAAUCAGUCAGGUUACAAGCUACUCAAGGCCAGUCUUGCGAAUUUGGAUUGCCAUUAUUACUUUAUCCACACUUAUAUUGUAAAAUUAAUUUGAGUAUAAUAAGUGUCAUUAUCUAUCUAUAUUCAAUAUAUUGUUUGUAUUGUAAAUUUGGCUUGAAUGUAAUAAAUGUCAUUAACUAAUUUUGAAGAGUCUAUAUUAUAUUUCGUU